UCUUCCGCUUAUUUACUCAUUUCUCGUUGCCCUUCCCUCUCUUGUCCACGCCCUCUGUUCUAUUCUAGCUCUCGGGGAGCAGCAGGACCCAGGCGACCGCAAGGGCGGUGACGGGAUCCCCCCUUUCUCUCUCUCCUCUAUCUCUCGUUCUUUGGCUUCUCCCUUCCCUUCGUCUCGAUCCCAUCUCCCAUCCCUAGUUCUUCCCUCUUUUCCUCGAUAGAUCCCUGGAUCCGCCCUCGUCUGCUUUCCUCUCGCUGUCUUUUUCUCCUGGGAAUCCCAGAUCCGGAUCCCUUCCCUCCGAUCGGGCUCCGGAGCGGCAUCUGGGCGGUUCUUGGCUGGCGCGGGUGACGGUUUCUUUGUCAAGGAUCCAGAUCUCUUUUUCUUGAGGUGCCAUGGAGGCGAUGGAGGAGCUGAUGCAGCUCUCCGAGGCCAUGAUGCAGGGUGCAUCUCUUCUCGCUGAUGAGGACCCGGAUGAACCCUCUUCCAAGAGGAACUCGACCUUCCUCAACGUCGUAGCCCUCGGCAAUGUGGGUGCAGGAAAAUCGGCAGUCUUGAACAGUUUGAUCGGACACCCGGUCCUGCCCACGGGAGAAAAUGGUGCCACUCGAGCGCCCAUCUGCAUUGAUUUGCAGAGGGACGGCUCACUGAACAGCAGGUCAAUAAUCUUGCAAAUAGACAGCAAAUCCCAGCAGGUUUCUGCAAGUGCCCUUAGACAUUCUUUACAAGAUAGGUUGAGCAAGGGAACAGGGAUCCAUAGCUCUGGAAAGAGCCGUGGAGAUGAAAUAUAUUUGAAGCUACGUACUAGUACAGCUCCUCCUUUGAAAUUGAUUGAUCUACCUGGAUUAGACCAGCGGGCCAUGGAUGAGUCAGUUGUCAGUGACUAUGCUGCACGUAAUGAUGCAAUACUGCUAGUUAUUGUGCCAGCUGCCCAGGCACCUGAAAUUUCUUCAUCUCGAUCUCUUAGGCUAGCUAAGGAAUUUGAUGCAGAUGGGACCAGAACAAUUGGUGUCAUUAGUAAAAUUGAUCAAGCUGCUGGAGACCAGAAGAAUCUUGCGGCUGUUCAAGCCCUUCUACUAAAUCAAGGUCCACCAAAAACAUCUGAUAUUCCAUGGGUUGCUCUGAUUGGACAAUCUGUAUCUAUUGCUUCAGCGCAAGCUGGAUCAGUUGGCUCUGAAAGCUCUCUUGAAACUGCAUGGCGUGCUGAGAGUGAAAGCCUUAGAUCUAUACUGACUGGAGCUCCCCAAAGCAAGCUUGGCAGAGUAGCUUUAGUAGAUACACUCGCCAAACAGAUACGCAAGCGGAUGAAAGUCAGGCUCCCAAAUCUACUCUCUGGGCUACAGGGUAAGUCUCAGAUAGUUCAAGAUGAAUUAGUAAGACUUGGCGAACAGAUGGUAGAUAGUGCUGAAGGAACCAGGGCACUUGCUUUGGAGCUUUGCCGAGAAUUCGAAGAUAAGUUUCUCCAGCAUAUUAUGAGUGGUGAGGGAACAGGUUGGAAAGUUGUUGCAAGUUUUGAAGGGAAUUUUCCUAACAGGAUCAAGCAGCUUCCAUUGGACAGACAUUUUGACAUCAACAAUGUCAAAAGGAUUGUGUUGGAAGCUGAUGGUUAUCAACCAUAUCUAAUAUCUCCUGAGAAAGGUUUACGAUCUUUGAUUAAAGGAGUCCUGGAACUUGCAAAAGAACCAUCACGCCUCUGUGUAGAUGAGGUACACCGUGUAUUGAUAGAUAUAAUUUCUGCUGCUGCAAAUGCUACACCAGGGCUUGGAAGAUACCCUCCAUUUAAGCGUGAGGUUAUUGCGAUUGCGUCAGCUGCUUUAGAUGGUUUCAAAAACGAGGCCAAAAAAAUGGUGGUUGCAUUAGUUGAUAUGGAACGUGCUUUUGUUCCUCCUCAACACUUUAUCCGCUUAGUGCAGAGGAGAAUGGAUAGGCAGCGCCGUGAGGAAGAGCUGAAAAACCGAUCAUCUAAGAAGGGGCAAGAGGCUGAACAAGCCAUCCUAAACAGAGCAACAAGCCCUCAAACGGGAUCACAACAAACUGGAGGUAGUUUGAAAUCGAUGAAAGAGAAGUCUGGUCAAGCUGAUAAGGAUGCAAAAGAGGGAUCGAAUUUGCAGGUUGCUGGGCCUAGUGGAGAAAUUACAGCAGGUUUCUUGUUGAAAAAAAGUGCAAAAACAAAUGGCUGGAGCAAACGAUGGUUUGUUCUAAAUGAGAAAAGUGGAAAGCUUGGGUACACCAAGAAACAAGAGGAGAGACAUUUUCGUGGUGUCAUCACUUUAGAGGAAUGUAAUAUUGAAGAGGUUUCAGAUGAGGAUGAGCCCCCUAAAAGUAAAAAGGAAUUGAAAAAAGAGAAUGGACCAGAUUCAGGAAAAGGCCCUCGUCUUGUGUUCAAGAUAACUAGCAAGGUUCCAUAUAAAACUGUUCUAAAAGCUCACAGUGCUGUUUUGCUGAAGGCUGAGAGUAUGGCUGAAAAAAUUGAAUGGAUGGAUAAGAUAAGAAAUGUUAUUCAAUCUUCUAAGAGAGCUUCUUCCAAAGGUACACCUGCUUCUGAAGGUGGUCCAUCCAUUAGGCAAAGCCACUCAGACGGUUCCCUAGACACCUUGUCCAGAAGACCUGCUGAUCCUGAAGAAGAACUUAGAUGGAUGUCUCAAGAAGUUCGUGGUUAUGUGGAAGCUGUUUUGAACAGUCUUGCAGCAAAUGUUCCAAAGGCUGUUGUGCUUUGCCAAGUGGAGAAAGCAAAGGAAGAAAUGCUGAAUCAGCUAUACAGCUCUGUAAGUGCUCAAAGUACAGCACGGAUUGAAGAACUUCUCCAAGAGGACCAAAAUGUCAAACGUAAGCGAGAACGGUUCCAAAGGCAGUCAUCUCUCCUCUCUAAACUUACUCGCCAGCUUAGCAUCCAUGACAACCGUGCAGCUGCUGCUAGCUGGUCCGAUGGUGGCACUGGAGCAGAGAGCAGCCCAAGAACCCCUAGUCGCCCGGGUGAUGAAUGGAGGUCUGCAUUCGAUGCUGCAGCAAAUGGGUCGUUCAGUGAGUCGAGGUCCAACAGCAUCAAUGGUCACAGCCGGCAUUAUAGUGACCCAGCACAAAAUGGCGACGCAAACUCUGGCAGCCGUCGCACACCAAAUCGGUUGCCACCCCCACCACCACAGGGGAGUUCAUCAAUGUACAAAUACUAGGCGACCAGAUUGGCAUCUUAUACCUCUGGUAUUCUUGUUGGAUGCUCGUUUCCUUUGGACUGUUGAGCUCCAAAAGGAGGAAAAAAUUUAAAAAAAUAGAUCGAUGAUGUGUACCCACCAACAUGAGGAUCCCGAUCCUUGUAUAGGAGUACCUAUUUUUUCCCCAGCAUCUUGGGAUUUCGAUGUAUGGCUUUGUAAUUUUUCUUUUGGGAUGCUAGUUUUCGUUGUAUUGUUUUUUUUUUCAAUUUAUUUGGGUGCCAUUUAUUUUUCUUUA